AUGCCUCGCGAUCAACGAGCUCUUACUUAUCGCGUCCGUCAGCUCCCACCCGACAUCAACAAGGCUAGCCUCGUUCAUUUUCUACUACGGGUAUUGGCCACAGAUGAUGUCGUGCCGACCAUCGAAGUCUUUUCGCUUGCCCGAAGCUUGACUUCUCCCGACGCCGCCAACUCGAAAGAUGCGACAAUCGCCAUCUAUCCGCUUCCUCCACUGCUGGAAAAUGGCAAACAGUGGUCCUUUCCCGCCGAGCAUGGCAAUUCCCAGUAUCGCAUUGUUGUCGACCUCCACUUCUUGGACUUUACAGUCUUGAACGAAGUCCAUGAUGACGACCAUGUGCUCAACUGCAUAGCCAUUAGUGGCCUCGCAAGUCAUCCUUUUGGGUCCUGGCAAUGCCGUUCGAAUGAGCACAACUUCAUGUGGCUCAGGGACGGGCUCCCAAAAGCGAUCCCCGGCAUCAGAGCAAUCACCUACGGCUACGAUACCCACCUGAACGACAGUACAUCCUUCAAGUCGAUCCCGGAUAUUGCCUUAGAGCUCGUCAACCGUCUGACAGCCGUGGGCUUAGGAUGGCUUUCUUCCAAGCCAACCGUCUUCAUCGCACAUAGUAUGGGCGGCAUCAUCUUGAAAGAGGCCUUGGUUGUCUUGGCGCCCACCUGUGGCGAGGAGCCUUCGAUCUUGGGAAAGCUCGAGGCAAUACUCUUCUUUGGUGUUCCAAAUGGCGGCAUGGAAACCGAUCAGCUGAUUUCGAUGGUGAACGGGAAUCCAACAGAGGAGCUGAUAUCGAAACUGUCUCCGGCGUCGGAUUAUCUGAAAACACUCGAUUCGUAUUUCAGCAACCUUCAAUACACCAGAAAAUUCCCGGUAAUCUCAUGUUACGAGACAAAAACUACCCAGACUGUCAUGCAAUCCGCUGACGGCAAAUGGAGCCGGAGUGGACCGAGAAAGGUAAUGGUGAAGAAGGAAUCGGCUAUUCAAAACUGCUCUCGUGCCCCAUUGGGCGAGGUGCGGCCCAUUGAUCAAGAUCAUUCAGCCAUGGUCAAGUUUGCUCCUGGUGACAUCCACUAUACUGUAGUCUUGGACUGUCUCAGAAAAAUAACUGGCCAGGCGACUUCACUCGGGAGUGCGACCUCCGAUCCAAAGACGGCAGGCAAUGAGAGCUUCGAACAUGGGAACAGGUAUAAGGACGAAAGGGGGAGGCCGAAUACAAAACAGCCGAGAGAUUAUUCUACCGCAGAGAUUCUGCACUCUCUUUGGAUGGAUGUGUUCGACCACCGAUUGGACGACAUUUCUCCUCGUUUUCAAUCCACUUUUGAGUGGAUGUUCAGUGACGAGUCUCUGGAUUUCGCUCCUUGGUUGCUCGAUGGAACUGGAGCCUACUGGAUUGAGGGGAAGCCUGGUGCCGGCAAGUCAACACUUAUGAAAUUCGCCUUUCAGGACUCAAGGACGAGAGAACUUUUGGAAAACUGGGAUCAACCAGGAUCAUUCGUGAAGGCCGGCUUCUUCUUCCACCACCGAGGCUCAAAGGCUCAGAAAUCUUUCGAAGGAAUGUUACGAAGUCUUCUGCACCAGAUCCUCAGGGAUGUCCCGAGUCUUUGUCAAGAAAUCCCAAAGGCUUGCCUGCCUGCCACCGAGAAAGAGAGCUUUGACUGGAGUUUGACCAACUUAAGGCAUGCAUUUUUCUCUAUCUUGGAGCAAAAGCACACACAGCUGAAGCUGUGUUUAUUCAUUGAUGCUCUUGAUGAGCUUGAUGGGCAUCUCGAACUCAUUUCUGCGUUCAUGAAGAACUUGAUUCAACACAAGCCCGGAUCAGCAGUGCGCUGUAAGGUUUUCUUUUCGACCCGGCCGCGGCAAAUAAUCCAAACACAUUUCGAACAGUACACGCACUUCAGAAUCCAAGACAAAACAGAGAAAGAUGUCCGAACUUAUACGGAAGGAAGACUGGCAGAAUGUUUGGAACGUUUCUCGGUUACAGAGUCAUUGCACGCAGCACUAGAAGAGGCCGCCUAUCUGGUCGAGUCCAUUCUCGCCAAAGCCGACGGCGUUUUCCUUUGGGUAAAACUUGCCAUGCAAGACAUCAACUUGGCUCUACGUCAAAGUAAUGAUCCGACUGUGCGCAAUCUAGAAGUGCUUCUAGAACGGGUCCCACGAGAGCUAGACGAAUUCUACCACUCGAUCGUUGAGAGAAUCCCUCAGGACUUCAGAUGGGAAGCAUACCUUGUCCUGGAAGUAAUCCUUCGUGCUGAGGGAGAAAUUGGGCUCAAAGACAUUUACAGCAUUGUCCGCUGUUCACCCUGCAAGACUGCGCAGGAAUGUCAUGAGCGACUGAAGCACCCCGCAGAUGCGAAAGCGGUGUCUAAUUGGCUCGAAACACUCAAAGAUAGGUGCGGAGGCCUCCUGGAGCUCAACGUCAAGAAUGACCACAUUCAACUCAUGCAUGAGACGGUACGCGCUUUCCUAAGCCAGCCGGGGCUUCGCCAGCUUUUCUUCCGCCAGUCCAUUGUGUCUCGGCCUCAGAAUGGAUAUACUGAGCUUGCCAAAUUAAUGCUCACCCGCGCUCUGUAUCCGUACAUCGACCCAUUGCAAAUCCAGCGUUCUUACUAUCAUUUCUCCCCCAAAUGCAUGGAGUACUGCUUCAUGGCUGAAAAAACCACUCUGACCUGUCAUCAGGCUUGGAACAACUAUCUUGUAUCGCAAAUUCUGGAAUGUCUUUCGCCGUGGUCUCCAAACUCCAGCUAUACAUGCGGCGAAAACUUGAAUCAUCGUCAGAAGCUCCGAUUGUCAAUUCAAAUCCAGAAAAAUCUCUACUGGUCUGCCUCUGUCAAGCGGUGA